UCCGGCGGCAGCGGCGGCGGCGGGGGCACCUGGCGCCCUCCUCGGGGCUCCUCGUCGCCGGGACAACCGGGAUCGCCGCCGCCGCGCCUCUGCCAUGGUUUUCUCAAAUAAUGAUGAAGCCCUUAUUAACAAAAAACUACCCAAAGAACUUCUGUUAAGAAUAUUUUCUUUCUUGGACAUAGUUACUUUGUGUCGCUGUGCACAAGUUUCCAAGGCAUGGAAUGUUUUAGCUCUGGAUGGAAGCAACUGGCAAAGAAUAGACCUCUUUAACUUCCAAACAGAUAUAGAGGGUCGUGUUGUGGAAAAUAUAUCAAAAAGGUGUGGUGGGUUCCUGAGACAGCUUAGUCUGAGAGGAUGUCUUGGUGUUGGAGACUCCUCUUUAAAGACCUUUGCACAGAACUGCAGAAACAUCGAACACUUAAAUCUGAACGGGUGCACAAAAAUCACAGACAGCACGUGUUACAGUCUUAGCAGAUUCUGUUCCAAGCUGAAACAUCUGGAUCUGACAUCCUGCGUAGCCAUCACAAACAGCUCUUUAAAAGGCUUAAGUGAGGGUUGCAGAAAUCUGGAACAUUUGAAUCUUUCCUGGUGUGAUCAGAUUACGAAGGAUGGUAUUGAAGCACUGGUGAAAGGGUGUAGUGGACUAAAAGCUCUAUUUCUUAGAGGUUGCACACAGUUAGAAGAUGAAGCAUUGAAACACAUUCAAAAUCACUGUCAUGAGCUUGUAAUCCUGAAUUUGCAAUCGUGUACACAAAUUUCAGAUGAAGGCAUUGUGAAAAUCUGUAGAGGAUGCCACAGGCUGCAGUCACUCUGUGUUUCAGGCUGUAGCAACCUGACAGAUGCUUCUCUCACAGCUCUUGGUCUGAACUGUCCAAGGCUGAAGAUUCUGGAAGCUGCAAGAUGUUCACAUCUCACAGAUGCUGGGUUUACCCUUCUGGCACGGAAUUGCCAUGAGCUGGAGAAGAUGGACUUGGAAGAGUGUGUUUUGAUAACUGACAGCACAUUGAUACAACUUUCCAUACAUUGUCCCAAGCUUCAGGCAUUGAGCUUAUCUCACUGUGAACUGAUCACUGAUGAUGGGAUUCUUCAUCUGAGCAACAGCACGUGUGGGCACGAGCGGCUGCAGGUGCUGGAGCUCGAUAACUGUCUCCUCAUCACGGACGUGACUCUGGAGCACCUGGAGAACUGCCACAACCUGGAGAGAAUCGAGCUGUACGACUGCCAGCAGGUCACACGAGCUGGCAUCAAACGGAUCAGAGCUCAUCUACCUCACGUGAAAGUUCAUGCUUACUUUGCUCCAGUGACUCCCCCUCCGUCGGUGGGAGGGAGCGGGCAGCGCCUCUGCAGAUGCUGCAUCAUCCUCUGACAGCCAGAGCAGCCACACAGGAAAUGUUGUUGUUGAAGAAUGGGACGGCAAGUCAGCAGAAGGAGUCGGUUUCCUGACAAGUCCUAAUGGUGGUGUUUGGGUGUUUGGUCAUCCAGUUUUGUGACAAGAAAAGCUUUUUUUUUUCCAGGUAAAAAUCUUAAUGUAAUGUGCAGCUGUGGAUUAAGUUGGUGAUGCUUUGGUUUGUAUUAGUAACUCCUUCCUUCUGUUGGCAUGAGAACUGUGGUACCGUGUCAAACGUGUGGGCAUUGCAGCGGAGCAGCUACCUGGUGGAAGUUCACAAAACUUGGAAGUUCAUUUGCAUUUGUCAGCACUGCUCGGUGUGACGUGCCGCUGUCACGUGGGGCUCGAGCUGCCACGCCAAGGAACUGAGCCUGCUGUUCUGUAAUAUACACCACAGAUCAAGUAUCAGGUUUUAAAGACAAAUCAGCUUUAGCAGAUGUUGACCAAAAAAUGCAAAGUAAUCAUAAGCUCUUACAGUAAAACAGCAGCUUGUUCUUUUUCAUGAUUCAGCUUCAUAUUUAAUUAUGUAACAGGAAAUAAUAGGUAAUGUCAAAGGUAAGGUAGUACCUCCAGAUACCAUAGAACUAGAAGUACUUCCCACGUUUUUGGACUUGGUUCAGUUGAACUCUGCUCGUACAAAGCUUGGCGAUCGCUGACGCAGGUUGUGCCCGAUGCCAUUGGCCUUGAACGGGGUAAGAAAUGCACUGUGGUGGAGCCCGUGCACUCUGCUGUGCCUGCUGCCACAGCCGGCCCUGGAGCUGCCACAGCCGGCCCUGGAGCUGCACAGCCGGCCCUGGAGCUGCC